AAGCGCACAUAAGAAAGAAAACGAAACAAAAACAUAAUUCUCGGCCGCCUUCCUUGGCAGCUCGCCAUGUGCUGCUGGGAAAGCUGCACAGCCUUCGUUUGAAGGGUGGUGGUGAUGUCUGGCUGGUGCUAGCUGCUCAAGCAGCUGGAUACACAGACAUACAAUGCCAGAAGAAGGUGAAGUGGUCACUGUGCUGCACUUCAAUGACUGCUACAAUGUGGAGGAGCAGCAUGGUGAACCAGUUGGUGGGGCCACCCGCUUUUGUACUGCCCUCAAAAGCUUUGCUAGCCUGAACCCAUUGAUCCUGUUCAGUGGUGAUGUGCUGGCUCCGUCCAUCAUGAGCACAUUCACCAAAGGCGAGCAGAUGGUACCCGUCCUAAAUUGUUGCAAGGUUGACUGCGCCGUCUAUGGAAAUCAUGAUUUUGAUUUUGGUGUAGACAAUUUGACAGAGUUUGCAAAACAGACAAAAUUUCCUUGGCUGAUGUCCAAUGUAGUGGACAACGAAACUGGAAAGCUGCUGGCUGAUGGUGAGGAAUUUCAAAUACUGGAGCGGUCGGGCAAAAAGAUUGGGUUGAUAGGACUUGUUGAGGAAGAAUGGCUUGCAACACUUGCAACUAUUGACCCAGAAGAUGUUGAAUACAAGGACUUUGUCACUGAAGGCCGAAGGCUGGCAAGAUUUUUAAAGCAAAAGAAAGGAGUAGACUAUGUUAUAGCUUUAACCCACAUGAGAACUCCCAAUGACUGCCACUUGGCAGCCAAUGUUGAUGAGGUAGACCUUAUCCUAGGAGGCCAUGACCAUGUCUAUGAAAUCAAAAAAGUGAAUGGAAAAAACAUUGUCAAGAGUGGAACAGACUUUCGACAGUUCUCGCACAUCACCCUCACAUUCACUGCAUCGGGUGUGACAGUAGAUAUUACUGAGGUUAAUGUCACAUCUGAUUUUGCUGAAGACCCGGAGCUGAGGGAACUUCUGUCCAAGUAUAAAGAUGUUGUGCAAGGAAAAAUGGAUGAAGUGAUUGGGCAUUUCGCCGUUGAUUUGGAUGGUCGAUUUAGCAGCAUCAGAACUUCGGAGACAAAUUUAGGAAAUUUCAUCUGUGAUGUUAUGCUAUCAGCAACUCAUUCUGACCUGGCUAUCCUCAACUCUGGUACACUGCGGUCAGAUCGAAUUCAUCGGAAGGGGGCCUUCACUAUGCGUGAUCUGGUCACCGUCUUGCCCAUGAUGGACUCGCUGAUUGUGCUUAGUGCUACUGGAGACCAAAUUUUGCAAGCUUUGGAGAAUGGUGUUUCUCAGUACCCCAAGUUGGAAGGUCGCUUUCCUCAGGUAUCGGGAGUCAGUUUUGCCUUCGACCCCAAGAAGCCACCUGGCCAACGAAUAGAUCCCCAGUUUGUGAGAAUAGGGGAUGAACCUUUGGACAAAAAUCAGAAAUAUAGAUUGGUUACAAAAAACUAUCUUGCUCAGGGAAAAGAUGGCUAUGAUGUGUUCAAGGAGUGUGAAGUCUUGUUGAGAGACGAUGAAAGCCCUGAAUUGUGCACAGCCGUGCAGAAUCACUUCCAAGCAGUCCGCAUCCUCACUGGUGUGGCCCACCCCCGCACACACCACCGCCAGAGUUUGGUCUGCCUGUCUCGACGACACAGUCUUGUGCGAACUUGUGAAGACGUCACCAUGAAGCCACCGUUGAAGCGAGGUCUCAGCCUUGAUGCAUCAGCAAGAAGGGGGCUGUUUCGCCAGCGGCAAACUUCGCUUGAAGACGUUGAGCACGAGACAUGCAAAAUGGAGCCGAAGGUUGAGAACCGCAUAGUCAUUUUUACAGAAGAACAGGUUGUGAAGAAGUUCUGGGAAGACAGUGAUUUACAUCCACUGUGUCUUGUUGAGGAAGUGAUUGAAGAAGAGCCUUCGACGGGAAGCUUUGAGAAGAACUAGAAGACAUGAAUUUCGGUUCACUUGCAUUCUCUCCAGUCCAGAGUUCACAUUUUGUGCACAGCUUAAGAUAUAGCACAGUUUUGAAAGUUUGAAUGGAUAUCUUUUGGCACCGGUGCAUUUGCCUAGGUUGCAAGCAAGACCUUUCAACACUGUCACUUUAAAUUUGUUGUUGGGUAACUAAGCCUCGUACAUCAUAAGGCAGUGCAGAUGUGGUAAUUAAGUACAGAGGAAAAGUGCACCUCUUUCAGUAUACGUAGGAACAGUGUGGAGAGGCAGUAAUCAAAUUUGCGUUUCAUGGCUCUGCUUGGCACUAAUUUCUUAAUGAUGGCAAACAAAAAGCACUGUAAUUUGUCAUCCUUGAAAACUUUGGUACUACUUGUUCUACAAGUGCCAUCACUUGUGAUUUAGACAUUCCUCUAAUGGUAAAAAGAAUGCACUUGAUUUAUAGGGAAGUAAAUUAGUUUUUGAAGAUAUAAAAAUGGAUGGGGAAGAGUUAAAGUAUGGAACCGAUUCAUGCCUGAACAAUAUAUAUUACCCAAAUGAGGUGAAGAGGGUAAGGGUAUGCCCACUCAUACUUAAACAAUAUGCUGGUUUUACUCAUCACUUUUAUUUUCCUUCAGUUAUUGAAAAGUGUAAUUUGAUAAAGCAUUGAGCUUUGGCUCUCCUGUAUAAUUUAGUUUGUUGAGAAUCUCUUAAUAUUUUAUCAUAAUUUUAAACUCCAUCAUUUAUUGUUUUACUAUUUUUUUCUUAACCACAUCCACAUUAAAGCCUGCCCAACACACUAACUAAAACAAAAUUUAUAGCAUAUGUGAGUUGGUUUGAACAUAUAAAUAUGGCCACUAUGGUUAGUAAGCAAAAGAUUAGAGGUUGUGUGUAUUUUGUCUGCUGGUUAGAGAAGACCCUGUGUGGCAGCCAUAUGGUUGUUGCACUUCUAAUAUUUUAGAAAAUGGGCAGGAGAAAAGAAAACACAAAACAUAACUGAGUAUAUUGAGUCUAUGCAAGUUAGUUGCACAAUUUUAGGUUGUGAAAGUGUUCCAAGUAUAUUUUUUCUUAUUUGCACUGCCUGUGCAACAAAAAUGUUCUCAAUGCCAAGUUGUGUAAUGCAGGGUAUACAUUUUGCACCGGUGUGGUGUUCCCAGCAGGUACUGUUGUAGCUUGAAGAACACAAGCCCAACUGUCAGUAUAAUAUUGCGUAGCAACAACAGAGAUGCUAUGUGAAAUUGGGAUGCUUAGACUUCACUAUGACAUAGAGUUGUUGACAUGCCAUUUGCACAGAGCUUGUUCUAGUUUUGUAAAAGGACACAUCCUGUUCAGAUGGCUAUCAAAAAUUUAUUUGGUUAAUAUAUAAAGUACAUUUGUUAUAUGUAUUCACUGUGUACCAAAAGUAUGCAAUCUAACCAGAAAUCUAUACGAGGAAGGCUAGUUUGAUAAGUCAUUGCACAUAUUUAGAGCAUCUUUAUAUUCCUGCUGUUAGCAUCACAACAGCCCUUUGAAGUAACAGUCAGUAAGUGUGGUUUACUAAUUAAAAAUUUAUUACACAAGCUUAAAACAUGAUGAGCUUCAUUUUAUUAUGCCUGCCAUAGCACAUUUACUGGCACCACAAAUGAGAGAAACCUAUCUGAGGAUAAACUACUUAAGUUCUCUUUUCUCUUACACAAAGGUGUGAGUAAAUGCGUGUGCAUUCUGAUUUCACAAAAAUUUAUUCUUGUGAAAUGGAAUGUUUGUGAAGAACAAGCAAAAUGUUAUACUGGUUAAGACAUAAUGACAAUACUUCCUUGUUUAACUUUUUCACUUGUUGCACAGUUUUAAUAAAAAGUGACUGUUUUAGUUCUAAAUGUGGAAAGUGUGCUUUGUUUACUAGAUAUUUAGUGUUCUUAUGCUUUAUGAACUUCGGCGCUUCUCUUCCAAUGGCAUUUUUUCACAUUCCCAAGAUAGGUGUAAGUCAUUCAUUGCUAGUCUGGAGUUAUUCUCAAAAAGUUCUGACAUAUUAGUCCCAUGAGUACUUUGUGUUAGAUAGACAUGUGUGUCAUUAAUGAGUGUACGUUGUCAUUGAUUAAGAAGCUCAGUAGUUUCUUUUGCAGCCCUUUACCAAAUCAAGCGCUCAAAAAUGUCUUUCAUGCAGGAAAUGCUUUUGCAUAAAUAAAUGUGUUGUCAGUCGCCUUCUU